UAGCUCAAGACGGUUAAUGCGCAAGAGGGAAUUUUCCACGCGUAGUGUCAAGUAAAACUGUUAAGAAUUUGAGGCGUAUUUUUUUGAGAAAAACAUGGACGUGUAACGUACACCAGGAAUAAAAAACAACGGAGAAAAUAAUCUUUACCUAUUCCCAAGAAUAUGAGGAGGAGUUUUUCGUUGCAUGUAGAGGAACGUGCGUUUUCAGGAUGUCAUGGUCAAACAGAACAUUUGAUGAUCCAGCACAUGAUCCAGCGUGGUGGUACAGCUGAUGAUGAGGAUGAUGAUGUCGCUGCAGCGCCUUCUACUACCCCCCUGUAUCCAUUAAAAACUUCACGUCGUCGCCCCCUAGCGUGCGUAAUCAGGUAGUGCGCUACACAGCCAUGGAGCAAGUCAUGAACACCCUUGAGCCAGGCAUGGACUGGGAGAUCGUCCGCCACUACAACCACUCAGGCAAGUGGAACCGGCCGCGCAGCGUGGGCUGGUGCAAGACGGCCAUCCUCAUCCUCAUCUGCGGCCUGAUCGUCAUGGAGAACGUCCUGGUGCUGCUGGCCCUGUGGCGCAACAAGCGCUUCCACACGCGCAUGUACUUCCUGAUCGGCAACCUGGCGCUGUCCGACAUGCUGGCGGGCAUCGCCUACGCCGUCAACAUCUUCACCUCGGGCCGCAACACCUACUUCCUGAAGCCGUGGCAGUGGCUGGCGCGCGAGGGCAGCAUGUUCGUGGCCCUCAGCGCCUCCACGUUCAGCCUGCUGGCCAUCGGCAUCGAGCGCCACAUGACCAUGGUGCGCCUCAGGCCAUGCGAGGCGGCGGGCCGCGGCCGCCUGCUGGGCCUGCUGGCCGCGUGCUGGCUCGUCUCGGCGCUCUUGAGCGCCCUCCCCAGCCUGGGGUGGAACUGCCGGGGCCAGCUGCACGCCUGCUCCACCGUGCUGCCGCUCUACGCCAAGAGCUACGUGGCGUUCUGCAUCAGCGUCUUCAGCGCCCUCCUGCUGGCCAUCGUCAUCCUCUACAUCCGCAUCUACCGGCUGGUGACCUCCAGCGGGCGCCGGGUGAGCGGGCGGCCGUCGGAGCGGGCGCUGGCGCUGCUGCGCACCGUGGUGAUCGUGCUGGGCGUCUUCGUGGUGUGCUGGACGCCGCUCUUCUCGCUGCUGCUGGUGGACGUGGGCUGCUCGCCGCAGGACUGCCCGCUGCUGCUGCAGGUGGACUGGUUCAUCGCGCUGGCCGUGCUCAACUCGGCCCUCAACCCGCUCAUCUACACGCUGUCCAGCCGGGAGAUGCGGGCCGCCUUCUUCAGACUGCUGUGCUGCUGUGGUGGUGGGGGUGGUGGCGGUGGGAUAUGUGGUGGGCAGGGGUCGCUCGAGGCUCCUCAGCCCACCGGCCCCGGCAUGAACGCGCCCGGCACCCCCAUACCCACCAUCGAGAACAGCAGGUCCAGCAUGGCUUCUGUCAAAUCGACGCCGCUCAGGGCAAAGAACUCCCCAACGCCAAGGAACUCUUUUCGCCAGCCUGCCAGCACUCCAGCCGUGGGCGCCCCUGCUCACACGGGCAAGACUGACCUCCUCUCCGUGGUGCUGGUGAAAGCCGGUGCCCUGCCCUCUCUGGGGAAACUAUGACUCAGAUGUUGGGCCCAGGGCCUAGAGAUGCCAGAUGUGCAUCGAGUCAUUUUGAAACUCUGUGUUGAACCUGUGGUUCCAGUGCUGGCCUAAUGGAUGCCAGCUAGCAUAUCUUGGCAUGGAUUAGAUUGUCAGUAAGCAUCCCUCUCAACACCUCAAAAGGAUUCUCUGCAGACUGAGCUUUUCGCUCACUUCGUUAUCGUGCCCGCUUCCCUUCACCAAAAUUGCUGGUUUGAAACGGGGUUCAGGGAGGCCACAGAUCAAGGGUACUUCAGCAAUGGAUAGAAGUGAAGGGAGAACUGGUAAGGGUGGGAUUCGAACUGGCAACCCUCUGAUCUGAAUUCCACCUCCCUAACCACUAUGCCAUGGCAGCCCCAGAUGAUAUUGAUAGCAGACUUUCAAUGGGAAAAGAACAAGCUGUGCAUUGGAUGCUGUCUAGAUCCUGUGGAGAUGUAAUGAUACUGUCUCGCAUCCGUUUUGUGGCAUUGAAGCUUAGACUACAGGGGUCUAAGAAGGUGUGUGAUUGGUCUAUAGACCUACCUUCAAUAGUAGGCCCCAUAAGCACUGUUGCCAUGGAUACUGCUCAUCAUGGGAUGGAUGUAUUGUAUGUAGUAUGUAGCCACUACAUUCAUGGUCAACAAUAACCAUGGGACCCAUGAGACCAAAGAGACUGACUUUCGAGAACUAUUUUACCGUAAGGCUGAUCUGAAGGAACAAAAUAUUAUCUAGGCACUAGACUGAACAAGCACUGAACUGUUUUCUGAAGGAUUUAGCUCGUUAAGGUCCCAGGGUUUCAUGUCCAGGGUCCCUCAAACGUAUCUUCAUCCAAUCUGUAAACAUGACAUCGAAUGAAGCAGAACAAUUCCACAAAGGUCAAGUCAAAUGGUUGUAAUAACAUCAUGUGGAUGAAGGGUUCAAGGGUUAAUGAAUGGAAUUAUAAGCAAUAACAAUGAAACCACAGCAAACAUAGUGCAUGGCAGUGGUGUAGUCUACGUAGAACGUGGGUAUACAGAGUAUACCCACUUCUAAAUUUCAGGGAUUUCAGUAUACCCACUUAAAAUUGAUUGAUCCAUUGUUUUGAAUAGCACAAAUAUAUACAGUAUACCCACUUUAAAAAAUGCUCAAAUAUACAGUAUACCCACCACAAAAAAGUAGACUACACCACUGGUGCAUGGUAACCUUAGUGGUGAGAUUCCAGCAUGAUCUACAGUAGGCAGCCAUGAAAGGAUUGGUAACCAUAGCAGCAGAUAGCAACAGAACAAAGAGAUUUGCAUCAACUCAAGGAAACAUGACGCGAUAUACUCCAUGACAGGGGUGCAGUUCUCGAAACCAUAGUCGCUAACUACGAUAGCUACUUUGUUGUUUGCAAUGCAAUUUCCCAUUGGUAACUUCCGAAGUUCCUAACUGGCUAACAACUACACUUUCGAGAAACACACCCCUGAGUUGUAUAAAGUAGAAGUAGAGGUACUCUUAGAGAUGUAAUAACAACAGUUGUAGUAUAAUAUUACAUAGUUGAAACCAUGUAAUAUCACACGACUGAUUACUCCUGUAAGAGUACUUGUACUUUAUACAACUCUGCUUCAUACUGUGGUCUACAUUUCAGUUCAGUUUUGAGCUCAGGAGCCCAAUGACUGUCAGAAUAAAUAAGUCUUAAUUGUUGUGUGCAUACGUAGGCCUAUGUGUAUUAUAAACAUGACAUAAGCUCAUGCUGAGAUGGUGCGAAUUUCAGUCUCUGUCUGUCACACAGAGACCUGACAGGUAUGCACCAGCCAGUGCAGAGCAACAUUCAGUAUGUGUAUUCAAUUUACCUGAACCACAGUUUAUUUAUUUACACACAAUUAGGAAAAUUUCAGUAUUAUUGUGUCUCAUUAUAAUCCAGUAUAACAGCACAACAAAGUAACCUUAAUGAUGAUUGUAUGAGGUUCACACACGCUAUGUCGUCCUUCAUAAUAUGACUGACUUAUUUCUUCUAUCACAGACAUUUUUUUUUUAAGUGUCGCUUUUACCAGGCAUGUUUCAAUUGCAAACUUUGGAAGUUCUUCAGAGGGUCACAUUGAUGAAACAUGGCCGGUAAGAGGUUCAAGACCUUUACAUGUCUGGGAUAAAAGAAAUAUGUAACAAACAGCUUGUUUGUUUGUAAUGUAUUCAUCUCCAGAUGAGUAAGAAGAGAAAAGAGAGAGAGACAUUCCAUGUUGUUUUGCAGAUAAUGAAGAAAGUCUCCAGAGCAUCUUCAGAUAUGGGUAGUUUAGCUGUUACCUUCUAUUUCUCAAAGUAUAUUCACCAAAGUGUAUCCAAUAGCAAGCUCUAAAUGUAGGCCUAAUUCAUAAUUGGAUACUGCCGCGGAAAAUGGGCGUUACUCGCCCUAGCAAGGCCAGAACAAUUCACUUUGAGAAAUACCCAUUGACUCUGAAGAAGACGUGGCAACGUUGAAACUUAAGUCUUGGCACUUGCCCAAUAAAACAGUAAACUAUCCACAUCUGAAGAUGCUCUGGUGACUUUCUUCUUCAUCUACACUUAAUUGUCCUUUCCUGUGAUGCACCAGAUUGCGAAUUGCAAGAGCGUGGAGGAUAUCUUUCUAUUCUCUGUUUUUUUGCUACGCACCCUUUUCACACUCAAAUGGGGAAUCAGGACUAUCAGGAACAUAUGUACUAGAUUUCUUUGUUGUAGGUGCAAUUAGAAGGGCCUGAAUGGAUAUGGAAUGGAAAAUAUAAAACUAUGCAUUGGAAAUGGAAAUAUUCAAUUAACUUUCCAUUUUUUAGAGGUUGUUUUUCCUCUUCAUCAAAUGCUGAUUGUAUUUUGUCUCAAAAUGUUGAAAUCAGUCAUAUACAUUAAUGGACUGAGACAUUCAUGGAGCAUACAACCAUACAUUAUUUUGUCAUUGUGUUUUAAACCUUAACAAUGAAAUCUUGUAUUUCUUUUUGUUUUAGCCUCAUGGUAUUUCAUACAUUCAGAGUUCAGUUUCCUUUUGUAAAAUGUGUUAAAGACAUGAGAAGGGAGAAAUGUUCCUCUAUGAUUCACUUUAAGAAUGAUUAUUCUCAACCGAAAUCACAAUGUUUGUGUAAAUGUAGUCUUAGACAAGGGCAAAUGCCUGAAGACAGCUUGCAGCCAAGAGAAUCCAAAUAAAACUAAUAUUCUAACUAAUGACUGAAAAGACCACGGUUAUUUCGGGACAGUGUUUACUUU